UCGCCGCCGGCCGACCGCCGUGCUUGCUUCCAUUGCCAACAAGACAAAGAGAAGCUGAAGCUCCCUUGCCGGCCGGUCUCUCGUUCCUCCCCGGGCCACGCGCGUGAUGGGGUACUCCUGGACCUGGCUUCCGGCCGCCGUGCUGCUGCUGGCCACGACCCACGCCAUGUCGGCUGCGUCCGGCAUUCAGACGACGACGGAGGCGACCGUCAUCCGGCCGCCGGCGGCCCCCACCCGGUACAGCCCGGGAGCCUUCAUGGAGGCGCCAGCGUUCCGGAACGGCGACGGAUGCGGAACGCCCUCCUCCUCCUCCUCCCGCGUGCACAUCGCCAUGACGCUGGACGCCACCUACCUGCGCGGCACCAUCGCCGCGGUCUUCUCCAUCCUGCGGCACGCGGCGUGCCCGGAAGACAUCACCUUCCACUUCCUCGCCGCGCACCACCGCGACGCCGACGCCGUGCGGCACACGUUCCCGUACCUGGACUACCGCGUGCACCGCUUCGACCCGGCCCGCGUCAGCGCGCGCAUCUCCCGCUCCGUGCGCACCGCGCUGGACCAGCCGCUCAACUACGCGCGCAUCUACCUCGCCGACAUGCUCCCGCGCGCCGUCGCCCGCGUCAUCUACCUCGACUCCGACCUCGUCGUCGUCGACGACGUCCGCAAGCUCUGGUCCGUCGACCUCGCCCGCGACGGCCACGUCGUGGCGGCGCCCGAGUACUGCCACACAAACUUCACCAAGUACUUCACCGACGCCUUCUGGUCCGACGCGAACCUCAGCGCCACCUUCCGCGGCCGCCGCCGCCGGCCUUGCUACUUCAACACGGGCGUCAUGGUCAUGGACGUCGCGCGGUGGCGCGCCGGAGGGUACUCGAGGCGGGUGGAGGAGUGGAUGGCGGUGCAGAAACAAGAAAAGAGGAUCUACAGCCUCGGGUCCCUGCCGCCGUACCUGCUGGUGCUCGCCGGCGAGAUCAUGCCCGUCGACCACCGGUGGAACCAGCACGGCCUCGGCGGGGACAACGUCGAGGGCAGGUGCCGGAGCCUCCACCCGGGCCCCAUCAGCCUGCUGCACUGGAGCGGCAAGGGCAAGCCGUGGCUCAGGCUCGACUCCAAGAAGCCAUGCGCCGUCGACCACCUCUGGGCGCCAUACGACCUCUACAACGCCGCCACCGCGCUCGAGGACUGAACUAAACCUCCUCGCCGCCCAGUGCGCGCGUCAUCGCUGCGCCACCUGCCGUGAUCGAUCAAGACGACAGCUCGCAUUUAUCGAGAUGAGGGGCAGGCAUAUCGAGGAGAAGGGAUCGAUGCUGGAGAGGAAACACAUCCAUUGAUCGAUCGAUCGAUCGAUCAUACGGCGGGGUGCGAGGGAUUGGAUCAGGGCAAGCUGGUUUGCUCGACGCCUCGAUUGCAUGUGCAAGCGCAGCAAACAAAUUGUUUGGCUUGGGAGAGCACAAAGAUUUUGCGAGGAAAUUCACAAGAGGGGAUCGAUCGAUCCAUCCAUCCAUGGGGUUCCCUCUUGUUUUCGAUGGUUAGCGUCACACGUGGCGAUCGGACUCUAGUGUUUGUAAAUAAAGAGGUUAUUUAUUUGUAAAUUAAGAGGUUAGU